GGGCAUAGGGCGGCGAGGCUGGGCGGCCCCCGCACGGCGAGGGCCUGAUGCAGGAGCGCAGCCCGGCGCCGCGGCGGCGCUGCGGGAGGAGGAGGAGGAGGAUGGCGGGGCUGGCGUGGAAGUGGCCGCGCACCCGCCUGCCCGUGGGGGCCAGCGCCCUGGGCGUCUUCGUCCUCUGCUGGCUCUACGUCUUCCCCGUCUACCGGCUGCCCGACGAGAAGGAGAUCGUGCAGGGGGUGCUGCUGCAGCAGGGCAAGGCGUGGAGGAGGAACCACACUGCGGUCGCCGGCUUCAGAAAACUGCUGGAAGACUGCUGUGACCCUGGGCAGCUCUUUGUGAUGACAAAGCUGAACUCCCCCAUGGGAAAGAACCUCUGGUUUGAUGGGGAAUUUUUGUAUUCUUUCACCAUUGACAAUACAACUUACUCUCUCUUCCCACAGGCUACACCCUUCCAGCUGCCACUGAAGAAAUGCUCGGUGGUGGGAAACGGUGGGAUUCUCAAAAAGAGCGGCUGCGGCAAACAAAUAGAUCAAGCAGAUUUUGUCAUGCGGUGCAACCUUCCUCCACUAUCAAGCGAAUACAGCAAGGAUGUUGGAACAAAAACCCAGCUGGUGACUGCAAAUCCCAGUAUAAUUCAGAAAAGGUUCCAGAAUCUGCUUUGGUCUCGAAAAGCAUUUGUGGACAGUGUGAAGGUGUAUAAUCACAGCUACAUCUACAUGCCAGCCUUCUCGAUGAAGACAGGGACAGGACCCUCCCUACGUGUCUACUACACCCUGGAAGACUUCGGUGCCAAGCAGGCGGUGCUUUUUGCCAACCCCAAUUUCCUGCGUGACAUUGGCAAGUUCUGGAAGAGCAAAGGUAUCCAUGCCAAACGGCUUUCCACAGGACUUUUCCUAGUCAGUGCCGCCCUUGGUCUGUGUGAAGAAGUAACAAUUUAUGGCUUCUGGCCGUUCUCAGUGGACCUGCACGGGAAGUUUAUUAGCCAUCAUUACUAUGACAAUGUCUUGCCUGAUUCUGGAUUUCAUGCCAUGCCGGAGGAAUUUCUACAGCUCUGGUUCCUUCAUAAAAGUGGUGUACUGAGAAUGCAGCUAGAACCAUGUGAGGACCCUUUAGUCCUGUCUUCUGCCUAAGGAUUGUAGCAGUCAGUUUGGAAGAUCCAAUAGUUUUUAAUUUCCAUGCUCUCCAACAGAGAGUUCUGUUUUUCUGUUGAUUUUUUUUAAAGGGAAGAUAAUCACGGAUCUGCAUGGACCGUACAAAUGCUACUUGAAGGCCAAAUGGAAUACGUCCUUAAUGUAUAGUGUUUUAUGGAACUGGGGUGGGGGGAAACAAAUCUCUCCAUCAAGUCCAUUCAGCAGUAUUGUGAAAAUAAUGUCAUAAGCGACACAGCUGAACUUUCUGGGUGAUAUUUUUAAAUGACCAGUGUAAAAAGGGCAUUAAGGCUCGGAGAGAAACAGGGCCACCCGCAAGCUUUUGCUGACAGUGCCAAAUAUGACUGUCUGUACAAAAAUCCAUUUCAUUCCAGACUGGCUCCUCAUACAACUUCCUUUUUUUUUCUUUAUUUUCCUCUGUGUGUGUGGAGUGGGGUGGGGGGCGGGGGUGGCUAUAGAGGAAAGUGUGUGUGUUGUCAAAUUUCUUUGUUUCUUUCUUUUUCCUUUUUUUUUUUUUUUUUUUUUUUUUCCAAUGGAAGAAAGGGGAAAGGUGUGAAAGCCAGAGGAGCUGAGUACCAUCAGCUCCUCCAAAAACUUCGGAGAGUGAAGGGUGUCAAGAAUCUGGUAGAAGAAUGUCCUGGGAAUGUCCUGCUACUGAGAAUGGAUGUACCUCCCUGUUGUAGGCUUUAUCAGUAUAGUUUAGGUCAUUGCACUUUUAGCUAUGCUAAUGCUAUGCUAUGGGCAAGAGCUGACUAAGGGAAAUUGGUUUGAAAAUAAAACUUGUGUUACAAAAGCAGAGGUGAAGUGCAACCAGAUUUCAGUUGACCUGCUGCAAGAUUUCCACAGUGACUUUUGUAGCAGGGAUUGUUCCUGGCCUGUUUUGUUGUCCAGCCUUUGGGAUUAAUUCUGUAUUCAUUUGGGCUCCAGAUGUUCACUGAAUAUCAAGGGGAUAUGAGGUGUUUAGUGGAAUGCAGAAUGAGGUUCUCCGUGUGCUUAUAGCAGAAAAACUGCAGAAAUGAAUGUAAGUGUCAUUUAAAAUGAGCUGAAACUUUGAAAAUCCUUUCUCUUUGUGCAACUAGCUCUUCUGUUUGGAUUGUAACAUUAGCCUUAAAGACUUGUACUUUUCUUGCAAGAUUGUGUCUUGUUAAAGAGAGUCUGAAAAAUAAAACAGCCUUUGGGAGCACUGAAAAAAUACAUAGCCAGCAAGAAAAAAACAAAAACCAACCAAACAAAAAAGAAACACACAAGGAAAAAGCAGGCACUUACAUAAUGUUGCUGCCUUUCUCCUCGCAAUCAGUGAGUUACGUAAGUGUGCACAUUGCACUCCGGCUGCUCCGGUCAGUGCAGUGCCUAAAGGACUGUUUUAUUUUUGGGUAUUACUUGGACAGCGGAUGAUCCUAUUGCCAUGUAAAUGAGAAAUCUUUUGGUUUGUUUGCUUUGGUUUAGCACUGUAGGACAAGAAGAGAAAACAAGAUCAGUCCACAGUGCAAUUUCAGCUGCAAGAUGUUAUCACCAUUAACUUUAAAAUCCAAACUAAUGUUCUCUUUUUUCUACUUCUAUCAUUAGUAGCUGAAAUUCUAGUCAGUGUUGAAACAACAGAACUGUCAUCAGGUUUCCACAACAAUUUCCUCUGCUACCUGUUUUAGCUCCAAAAUGCUAGUGUUUUGGGGGAUGUGUCCUAUCAUAUGUUAACAACCUCUCUCUUUGUAGACUACCAGCUGCAAGUUAUAUAGAUAUAAUUAAAAAAAAAAAGGCAAAAACCUUGGCUCUUCUUUAAAUAUGAAUAAUUUGACUAUCUAUGUAGGACACUGAAACAAACAAACAAAAUUACUGUUUUGCUUUUUAAAUGUUUCAGAAUAAAAUCUUUCUAAAUAUGAAUAUUCCAAGCAUAAAGUGGGCAUUGUUCCACAGGAUUACAGUGCAGUUCUAAACUGCAAAGUGGAGGUUUGGAUUAAAUGCUGUUUUAGAGAUUGUUCUGAUAAAAUCUGAAUGUGCUUCUAUAACCCAUUUUAUUACUGUCCACUUUUGCUUAUGCUUUUUUAAAAGUACUAUUAACAGACCAAUAGCACAUCAUUUGAUAAUUCAUUCACUUGGGUUAUAUUUAUCUUAUCUAUAAUGUGGAUACUCAGCGAGAAAGGAUUUGAAAGCAAAAUAUUUUCUUUACUGGCAAAUUUUUACUGAGCUGCCUUUCUUGAAGAACAGGUGCCUAUAUGGUUUUUAUUAGAUGUAUCAAGCGUUGCACUUCCUGGUGCUUUAAAGAUGUUAUCUGUGAGAACAACUGUCAAAAUGUGGUGUUUUAAGAUGGCACUUCAGAAGGAUGACAGUAUUUCCUUGGGGUUGCAGGGGAAUGAGGAGAGUAGUGAGAACUGUCCCUCUGCUGAGCACCGUUUGGCAUUUGUACCAGUGCUUGGGAAUUCAGUUCUGAACCUCUCUGAUGGUUACCCAGCACUUUGGAAAUCUUUUUUUCCCAUGUUCUGGGAAAAUAAUCUGAGUAGUAGAAGAAGAGAAAGUGAGGAUUUUCGUAGGAAUGACUUCAUACUCAGUGCAGUAUUUCAUAACAUCUGUCUUGUUUAUGUGCAGCCAGUGCCCUGGGUAUCCGGGGCUGUUUUAUUCCCCGUCUCUGUAAGACUGAAGCAGACUGAACCUGUAGCCUGUGGUCUUUGUGAGUCUCUUUUGAUGUCUGCAAUACCGAGGUUUGCAAGAUGAUAGGUUUAAAAAAAUCAUGGGGACAGAAGAGACCCAAGCUGUGUGUGAUAAGUGUGGCUGGUGUUGCAGAAAUCAGUAAUUCUCUCUGUAUUUGCAUUUACCUAUAGUGAAUAUAACUGCAUCGUAAAAUGACAACCUUAUUUAUCAGGGAAGUAAAGGCUUCAAGGAUAAAUAAUUUUCUGUAACUUGCAGAAAACUGUCAACUUAGGAAAGAAGAGAAUCAAAAAUAAAUGUCCCUUUUGUGAGCAAGUCUACAGUGUGAGCUCAAAAAAUACCUGUUUUAGUUGGCUGAUUUGUCAAUCCAUGCAGAUACUGGCCAGCAAGGAGGCUUUUACCCUGCAAGUAAAAAUGGGAUACAGGAGGGUACUGUAAGCAUUUUGUGGCAAGAGCAGUCACAGCGAAAAUGAAAAAACAUCUGGGAAUGUGAGAGUGGCAGCUGCCUGACAGAAAUCUUGGAGUUAAUGCACUGCACCCUUUCUGUUGCUUAGGGUGAGACUUACCUGGUUUAAGUCUAGGGGAUGUGGAUCACGUGUACAGGAUCAUUGAUAUGAAAUGUGGAAUUACAUGUAAGGGAUUGAAAUAGUAUCCCAUUUUGGGAGGAAGGCUACACCACAGGAUAAGACUGUACUUCUGUUCAAGCACAGGUGCAGUCAGACCCAGGAGGCUAACAUAGGCAUUAACCAAGAGAAAUCAGCAUCUCACAAUUAUAGCAAACUUUGGACAGAGUAAUUAUAUUCUGGCAUUUUCCUAUUGAUUGAUUUCAGCCCAUUUAUAGUAGUGCCCUUAAGUCUUGUGUUGCUAUAUUUUCAUAGAAUCAUAGAAUGGCUUGGGUAGGAAGGGACCUUAAAGAUCAUCUAACUCCAACGCCCCUGCCAUAGGCAGGGAGGGAUGCCACCCACUAGAUCAGGUUGGCCAAGGCCCCAUCCAGCCUUGCCUUCAAGUGAAUUUUCCUUGAAUUGAAAUCUUAAUUUUGUUGGUGAAAUUCCCCGCUUUAGCGCCUUUACUUCUACUACUAGCCACUGAAUUUCUCUGGUAGUGUAGCUAGAGCUGCACAAGUCUGUGCCAGGUUAAAAGCUACUGAAAUUCAUCUUCAAUAAAAACUAGUUUGGGCUUGCCAAACAAUUUGUUAAGGUUCUUAGUUAUUAAUUUUAUCAUAGAGGUGCCAAGAUACAGAAAUGUUGGAAUCAUUGCACUGCAUAGGAAGUACUGCCACCUGUUUGUAAGAUGAAUGAAUUAAAUCCCUUUACAAGAACUGUGCAUGGGGGAUAUUUGGCACUGAAAUCACUCUAGGCAUAAUCUUUUUGGGUACUUGUAUGUUUUUGAGUAAAAUAAGGCCAAUGUAUAAACUUGUUCUAAAUCUAUGUAAAACUCCUCCUUUCUGUUUAUUAUGAAUAUUCUGAAGCUCACUCUAAAACAGAUAAUCCAGCAGACUAAAAUCAUAGAAAAUGAUUAUAUGUGCUCAUGAGAAUAAAAAUAUUUAUAAAUUUUGCACAGGCCUUUCUAAAAUUUAAAGGACUCUUCUUCGUGAAUGCUGUAUUUCUGUAUUUUUGCUGAUAUGAAAAUUAUCAAGUUUGGGGUGAAACAACUACAAAAGUCAAAGGUCCAAGCCUUUUUUACAGCUUAACUUCUCUAGAAUAUAUAAAUAUUGGCUUUUUUUUUUUUUUUUGGCUCGAAUACUUUCACUGUUUGUUUCACCUGUGACAUUGGAGUGGUGUCACAGAAUCAUAGAAUCAUUCAGGCUGGAAAAGACCUCUUAAGAUGUCUAGCCCAACCUUUAACCAAGUACUAAAUCCCACCACUAAACCACUCUACUAAGUUCUAUAUCUACACAUUUCUUGAAGACCUCCAGGGAUGGUAACUCAACCACUUCCCUGGGCAGCCUGUUGCAGUGCUAUACAACCCUUUGAGAAAAGAAAUUUCUCCUAAUAUCUGACCUAAACCUCCCCUGGUGCAACUUGAGGCCAUUUCCCCUCAUCUGUUGUAACAUUCACUGCUGAGUUUGCAUCUUUGUAGAAACUGAAGCUAAGCAAAGAAUCUGCUGUUUUAAACUGAAUCUCUGUACUGUGGUAGUUGCAUAAAAUCCUCCAUACAUAUUCAUGGAACUGGCUUAAUAUUUGGCUCACUCUAUCCCCUAAUUAACAAUGAGAAUAGGAGUGAGGAAACUUUUGAUCUAGAAAUGAGGACGGUGAAGGAGGUGAAUGCUAUCUCACCAUUUGCUGCCUGCUUUGGUUCUCUUCUUUAGCCUGACAGAUUAGUAAGUGUUGGAACAAGUCCAGGUUAUACAAAGGAUAAGCAGUUCCUGAAGAGCUGGAUGAGGAUGGAAAAAAUGAAGAUCACAUCAGUGGUGUAACAAAUUGGACUGUAGCAAUUUUUGAUAAAGAUCCCCAGUUCUAAGCAACUUUAGAACAUUUUGUUUUGUUAAUGACUGUGAAAAAUGGACUACCUAUGACCUACCUAAGGUUUUCUGCAGGAUGGCAGCAAAGCAAAAUGAGAUGGCAGCUAUUGCUGUGAGAUAGGGAAAAUUAUUAAGCAGAAAAGGAAAUACAAUGGAAGUAUGAUGGCAAAGAGUCCAUCUUUCUCCUCUCUCCUUCCAUUCCCCUCGAAACAAAAGUAUAAUGGACUAUUAUCCUGAGUCACCAUCUCCUUUUUGAAAGGAUACGGUGAGAUUUCUGUUAGAUGAUGUUUCUUACUAAAAAAACAACAACAUCAAACCUUGUCCAGAAAUGCCCAGUCCCGUGCUCUGUGGCUAUUUAGGGGAUAUUCUGGUGGCUGUGGCUCCACUGGUGUGCUGUGACCUCUGUAAUGGGAUCUGCAUCUAAUAUCAUGUGUUCCCUUCAGACCUCCAUCUGGGAUCAUCUUGGUUUGUAUUUAUGCCCCAGGUCAUCCUAAAGGACCUCUUUGCCAUCUCCUUCCUGCUGACCAUCCUCAUUGGGCUUAGAAGUGUGAUUAAAAAAAUCAGCCAUGAAGUUAGCUAAUAUACUUUGUCAUUUUGAACCAUGUUUUCUUCAAAAGUGAUUGAUAUAUCCAACAAGAGUUAGCUGCAAGUUGCAAAUAUGACUUCUGUUAGGUGGUGAUAAUUCUAUCACUGGUGAACAAAAAGAGAAUGGAAGAAGGCUGUGUUUUUCUUACCAAUUGUAGAAUAACUUCUGUUCCGUGAAUUCCCAGAAUUUGUCAUUUGGAAUUUAUCAUAUGUUUGACUGUUUAAUAGUUUUUGAACAGAACAAUUAGACCUAGUGGCCUGUUUGUUAAAUAUCAGCAAACUCAUUUUUCUAAAGGAAAUAUAAAUACCCAAUAGGAGGCAUAACCUAUUCUCCCUAGCUGAUAUUUCCUUGGCAGCAACGAGAAGUUAAACAGUUACUUAUUCCUCCCUGAUUAUUCAUUUCCUUCAUUUUUUAUUACAGCAGGUUGAGCCCUAGUGUAUUCAGCCUCUUUAGCUUAGUGCAUAGACUUAAAAAUGAAUCUCGCUCUGUCUUUUCAGCUGUAAAAAAAGAGGUUACAAAAAAAAAAAAAAGUGUUCUUAAUUGAAAAUGGUUGCAUGGGUUCUCUGCAGUCAGGAGAGAGAUGGGCACCUCCAAGUGGUGAUUCAUGCUUUUCCUGAACAUGGGCUGCAUUUACUGAGGUCUCCAUAGGAUUGUGAAAACACCCCAACUGUGUUUGUAAGACUAAGUGGUGAAAGGCAAGACAUAAGGAUUUUUUUUUUGCCAGUGCCACACAGUUUGCUUAUAAGCAUAUAUUUCUGUGGCUUUGUUGGGCAUCUACUGAUGGGGAGCAGAGAUCUGCUCCCCACAGCCUGCACAGAGGAGACCAGCCUGGCCUGAGGAGUUCAGCUGAGCGUUGAGUUCAGCAGCCGGUGGUGUUCAGCAAGUAGUCCUCGUGUGAGUCGGCAGGUACGGUCAGGACAGCAUGGACUGCUGCCUGCGGCUGGCGCUAGGCAGUCACUGGAGUGGCUCCAUUUGGAUCUACUGUGGGUGCAAUUCAGCAAGUGCCGUUGCAGAGCAGGUCCCAGAGGACUGCAAGGUUACCGUUCUUCUUCACAGCCAGAAGUGCUGGGCUUGCUGGAAAGGAUCCAUCUGGAAACCAGCCUGCUUCUCACCCCGAAACACUUUUGAUCCCUGGCAAGUCUCAGAAGUUCCUAUUAAAACGACAUCUUAACAUAAUCCCCAGGUACUCCCUGCUGCUGUUGAGUCGGUUAGCAUUUUGUUGAGAUGAAUAUUUAUCCUAUUUUGGUUCCUCUAAGGCAAAUUAAACGGUAGCACACAAACCACCUAGAAUUUGCCGUGUUGUUUGGUGUCUUCACCUUUCAAGUUUCUUUUAGACUAGAUAUAACUGUUGUGAGUGAAUCCAAAGCUGCUUAAGAAAGCAGCACCACAAAUAAUUGUUCUCUGGGUUUAUGAAUAAGCCUCUGUUCAAUAAAACAUGAAAGUACCUUUCGAAUAGUUCAUGGUGAUUUCUAAUUGUACAUUCAAUGAAUUGUUUUGCUCAGAUGGGGCCCAUAGCAAAGAUGAGUUGCCUCAUUUUCUGCUUAUUGGAAGGGGCAAUUACAGAGGCAUAAUGUAUUUUAAACUAAAUUCUUAACAAGAAGCUAGGAAAUCUACAUAUGCUAUGAGAAGCUUUGUUUUUGUUUGAUUACCUUUGUAGUAAAGGAAACAUUUCACUAAAAGCAGAUGCACAGAGGAAUGGAGAUUUUGAUUGCAAAAAUGUCAUCUGGAGGACUGAGACCCAGAUUUGAGUCUCUUGGGGAUCUCAAGAGCAGGAUCUCACUGUGCUGCAAGAGUGCUAUAAGCUCAUCUUCUUUUUAUUCUCUGCAUAUGUGUAUAUAUAUAUAUAUUUGUAGAAAAUGCUUGAAAGCUUUAUUUAUCCCUAUAUUGAAAAUAAAUGCUCCUUUUUUUUUUUUUUUUUCUUUUUUCAAGAGUGUAGGUUUUCCUUUUAAAUACUCAUAGCAUUUAGUGUGCUCAGCAAAUCUGACCGAAGAUGUCCACUUUAUAGGAUAAAGCUGUUUUGGAGUAGUCUGGCAGGGCUCCUGCAAACUUGCGUGUUGAGUGCUGCCUCUUGAAUUGCAGAGUUUCAGCAGAUGGUAUGGAGUGUGUGGCACUG